AUGGGAAGGCCAAUAUUCCGCAAACAAUCAUUAGUCCUUUAUGGAUUGUUUUCGUUCCCAGUUUUAUAUGUAUUGCACUGUGUUUUCAGCUGGACUGGUGGCCAUAUCAGACGUUUAUGGCGUUGCCAAGAUGCGAAGGUUGUUUUUCCUCCAUGUGAUGUAGCGGCCUUUCUCGCACUCGAGCAAAUAGCCGAAGCAAGGUUCGCCGAGGACAACGUACUGCGAAUCUUGUCCAUAGGCCAAAUUCGUCCUGAGAAGAAUCAUAAAAUGCAGCUGGAAGUAGCGCGAAUGGUGAAGAAAAAACUGGCCGAGCAUAAUGAUAAAAUCCAGGUCAGUAUGAGUUGA